AUGGAGAGGAAAAGAAGUUAUCAUGGUUUACUUACCAUGUUAACAUUGCUGGCUUUGCUUUCUCAGCACCUUGUCAUUCCUGUAAUAUCCACCACUGUUGAAGGCCACAAUAAGGCUCCCAAAAAGGGUGUAUCCACCUCUCUAUGCUCACACCAUGGUCACCAUUCUCAUCAUCAUGGCUCUGGAUGUGGAAGCUCAACACCCUCUCAUGGAGGUAGUGGAAGCUCUGGGGGUGGUGGAAGCUACAACCCAACCCCAUCACCACCUUCAGGUGGUGGAAGCUACAAUCCAAGCCCCUCAUCACCCUCAGGUGGUGGAAGCUGCAGCCCAAGCCCUUCACCACCCUCUGGUAGUGGAAGCGGAAGUGGAAGUUAUAAUCCAACCCCAUCACCACCCUCAGGUGGCAAUUGUGGAUCACCACCAGAGGGAUCAUCUCCAACAACACCAUCAAACCCUCCCUCAGGAGGUGGUGGCUACUAUGGAUCACCACCUGAUGAACCUUCUCCAUCAACACCCUCAACUCCAGAUACACCAUCAAGCCCUCCCUCAGGUGGUGGUGGAAGCUACAAUCCAACCCCGUCACCGCCCUCAGGUGGUGGUGGAAGCUACAAUCCAACCCCAUCACCACCCUCAGGUAGUGGUAGUGGAAGUUAUAAUCCAACGCCAUCGCCACCCUCAGGUGGCAAUUGUGGAUCACCACCUGAAGGAUCAUCUCCAACAACACCCGCUACUCCAGAAACACCCUUAUCUCCAGAUGCACCAUCAAACCCUCCCUCAGGAGGUGGUGGCUACUAUGGAUCACCACCUGAUGAACCUUCUCCAACAACACCCACUACUCCAGAAACACCUUUAUCUCCAGAUGCACCAUCAAGCCCUCCCUCAGGUGGUGGUGGCUACUAUGGAUCACCACCACAAGAACCUUCUACUCCAACGCCCUUAACUCCAGAUGCACCAUCAAACCCUCCCUCCGGAGGUGGUGGAUACUAUGGAUCACCACCACAGGAACCUUCUACUCCAACACCUUUAACUCCAGAUGCACCAUCAAACCCACCCUCAGGUGGUGGUUACUAUAACUCCCCACCAACUUAUGGAGGCUCUCCACCAACUUAUGGAGGAAAUAGCCCUCCAACACCAAUUGAUCCAGGAACCAAUCCAACCCCACCCUACAUUCCUUCCCCAUCUCCCUUCACGGGUACAUGCAACUACUGGAGAACUCACCCAGGAAUCAUCUGGGGAUUGCUUGGCUGGUGGGGCUCCUUAGGGAAUGCAUUCGGUGUCACCAGCAUGCCGGGGCUUGGUACAGGUCUGAGCUUGCCACAGGCACUUUCCAACACAAGAACUGAUGGGUUUGGAGCACUCUACAGAGAAGGGACAGCUUCUUUCCUCAACUCCUUGGUGAACAACAAGUUCCCUUACACAACAGCACAAGUCAGAGACAGAUUUGCAGCAUCACUUGUCUCAAACAAGGCAGCAGAAGCACAAGCCAACCUAUUCAGGAUGGCCAAUGAGGGGAAAAUGAAGCCUCGGACAUGAUAUAAUUAACUUGGUUUGUGUGUUAGUAGUUUAUGGAGUUAAGAGCAUUAUUAUAUCUAAAGUUUCUGUUAAGAGUGUGUUAUUUAGGUACUUAUCAAUUAUCAUGUGUGAAUUUACCUUAAGAUGGAUGAUA